UGCCCGGUAAGUUACUACUCAGACCAAUUUCCUGCUUUCUGCUCUGGGCCAGAGCAGCCAGUGUGGAAGCAGGUGGAGAGGCUGAGGGAUCAGAGUUCUCCCUCCCAGGCCCUGGCAGGGUGGAGUGUUGGGAUGGAAGGUCCGGGCAGCAGCCUCAGCACCAGGAUGUCCACAGAAGACCAGAACCUGGAAGACAGGUUUCCUCUUGAGUCUGUAUUCCAGCACUUCAAAAAAUAUAAAGUGGAGAUUUCAAAAGCAAUAAAAAAGCCAUUUCCUUUCCUUGAGGGCCUCCGUGAUCGUGGACUCAUCAACGAUAAAAUGUAUGAAGAUCUUCAAGAUUCUUGUAGAAACCUGAUCCCCAUACAUAAAGUGGUAUACAGAGUCCUGGAUCAACUGGAGAAGACAUUUGACCUGAUGGUUCUGGAAGCUUUGUUCAGUGAGGUCAACAUGGAGGAAUACCCUGAUCUGGAACAUAUUAACAGAAGCUUUGAAAAUGUGAUCCAAAACAAACUGUGUUACCAAAGAGGCAAUGCAGAACAGAGAGGGGAGGAUCCGAACUCCCAGCUAAGUCUUGAACAAGGACCUGGUGAAAACUGUUCUCAAAGAAGCCUGACGUGGUCACCUUUAGAUCCCUGCUGUUCUGAUGGUAUAAGCUUGCUUGAAAAUGGAGUCUCAGAGCACCUCUGCGAAACAGCACAGAUGAACAGAGAGAAAGGAGACACAGGCAGUGAUAAAAAUGACGCACCAGAAACACAACCAGCGAGCGGAUCACAUGCUCCAGAGCCCGAGCUCGCACAUUCCUGUGAGCUAAUAGAAGCCCAAGGGCACAGUGGAGGUGCAAGCCUGGAGGCCCCCAGCCGGCUGACCCGGAAAGAAGAAAGAGUAGAACCACUCACCAAUGGAAUUCAAAUUAAUCCCUGUUCUGUGCAACUAGUAGAUAUAAAGAAGGAAAAGUUAUCAUUUUGCUCAGAAGAGCAACAAAACCAAGCAAGCGUUUACCAUAACCAGGCAUCUGACUUCAUAGUCAUCUCGAGCGAGGAUUCUGAUGAUGGAGAAGAAGCCUGCACCUCAGCACCCAGCUGGUCAAAGCCUGUGGAUUCCAGGAAAUCACCCACAUUGACAAAAAUGCUCGUAAAAAGAGAUUCUUCGGAUACUGGAAGCACAUCCUCUAGGAGGCCAUGCAAAAGGAUAAGACAUACCACAGAUGUUGGAAACAAUUCUACUGUGAGAAAAGACAGUGGGAAAAGAAGAAGAAAGAGAAGCUUUCUUGGGAACUACUUCAUUCAGAACAUCAAAACCCCAAUGCAAAGAGGCUGGUCAAAAGGGAGAAGAGUCAAGUCUAGAACUUCAGAAAGAGGUAGAAAAAGAGGCCCAAGAAUUGCCAGAGGAAAUAAUGUGAAUUUUGACCUUCCUGAACUCCCUGUGACCUGUGGUGAUGUGAAGGGGACUCUGUAUAAGGAGAAACUUAAGCAAGGCAUCUGGAAAAGGAGUAUACGGAGUGAGAAUGGACGGUGGUUCACCCCAAGGCAGUUUGAAAUUAAAGGAAAACACAAAAAAUCCAAGAACUGGAAGCUAAGCAUACGCUGUGAUGGAUGGACCCUCAAAGAACUGAUAGAGAAAGAACAUUUGUCAAAUCCACCAAGAGCAAAGAAGAAUGUUACCCUACGAACUUCUGCCAAGCUGUCUAAGGGCACUGUUGACAAACUGCUGGAAAACUCAAAAAAGUGUAAAGUGUGUCGCCAAGGAGGGAAGUUGCACACCUGUAGUUGUGGAAAAUCCUAUCAUAAGAAUUGCCACAUCCCGCCCGUGGAAACUGUGAGAAACUCAUGGCGUUGUACCUUCUGCAAGACAAAGGCUAUUCGGUUAAGGUGCCAAGAAAGUCAACCACGUCAUGAAGAAUCUAAGAUCCUGGCGAAGAGGAUGCUGCCUAUGGAACAGCUGAAAUGUGAGCUGCUUCUCUUGAUUAUCUAUUGUCAUCCAGAAAGUAGCUUUUUUGCCAAAAAACCACAUCAAAAGAAAGAAGACUUUCCAGACAUCCAGGAGUACAUGUGGUUAAACAAAAUCAAGAACAGGCUGAAUAAGAAAGUAUACCGCAAGGUGCAUAGGUUUGUGUGGGACAUGCGCCUCAUCUUUCAGAACCACAGCAUAUUUUACAAAGACACCAAGUUUGUCAAUCUGGGAGUUACAGUAGGUGCCCAAUUUGAGAUGAAGUUCAAAAGCAUUUUUUCAAUCCAGGAUACAAGCAAAACCAUUCAACAGUUCAAGCCCAUCAUUUUGUUGACAUAACUCGUUCCUGUGCUUUCCACUAUCCAUCCCUCCAGCAGCCAGUGAUGCUCAGCCAACCCACCCUUCACUCUGCCCUUCAGUGUAGACAACCUGCUGUACUUCUUUUUCAAGCAUUUUAUAUUGUCCUUCCUGUUCAAUUAUUUUUCUGAAUAAAACUAAAA